GCUCGCGCAAGGAGACACGGAAAGAGAAGAGGGGGAACCUGCCUGACUGAGACGCAACAAACGACAGCCACCAACGGCAACUUUUUACACUUAACCCGUCUUUUUCUUUUGAAACAACCCCCCCCCCCUACACACACACUUUUCUGUACCCCAUUUUGUUCGUGACCAUUGUUAGAGACGAGACGCGCAUCCGACGUUGGUGUGUGUUUUUUUUCUAUUUGAACUCCGGUGCCGACGCGGAAAGCUGGUUUGUUUUGGAUUAGCUAGCUAGCUAGCUAGCUCGCUAGCCAGCCUCAGCGACACCCCUCCUCCUUCCUUGCAUCGGCUAAUCUGAGGGAAAAGAAACUGGCAGUGUGGUACGACUUUUCACCCAGCACUUCAGGCUACACGGAGCCGUCCCUUUUUAAGGGGCAGUCGUGACCAUUAGCUCCCACGUUUUGUCCUUGUUAGUUAGUGUUAGUUAGCCCCCCCCGCCCCCUGUUCCCCUCCCUCACCGUUUUGGACAUUUUAUGGUGUUGGGUGAAGGAGUUCACGGGAUGGUCGUAGCUCCACAUCUAGGCACGUUUUUCUUGCACGCAGCUGCCCAAAGGGAGUCUGACCUCGCUGGAAUGUCCUCUUGAAGAUAUUGGAUCCACUCCUUCAUUUACCUUUUUGCCUAUAAUUAAUGGACGGCAGCUUCCCACUUGGAUAUUAACCCGUUCUUGAUCGAGGAGGAGACAUGACCGUGGACUGUCGCCUUCACCUAUGGAAAAUGAACAUUUCUACUCAAACGCGUGUCGCCAGAAGCAAAGACCACCGUUUUUAGGGAACACACCCCAAACUCGGGCUAGGGGGGAAGCCAUUUAUUACCGGGCCGAGGGUGAGGUGGGGGGCACCUCUUGAAUAACAAACACUUUUUUUAGGGGGUGUCCACAUUGGAGUUUUUGCAGAUUGACGUGUCCUCGAGUGAAAAUGAGGCGGUGGACGCUAAAACUGGGAGCACAACUUGUGCUUUGGAUCGUGUGCAUCAUAUGCCAGCAUGGACUCGUUCAAGGAGAAAUUUGUCAAAGCAAAGACAUCCGCAACAAUGUGACCAAUCUCCAGUCACUGGAGAACUGCACCAUCAUCGAGGGCCACUUGAAGAUCCUGCUCAUGUUCAAGACCAAGACCGAGGACUUUCGGGGCCUCAGCUACCCGAAACUGCAAGUGGUGACCGACUACAUGCUGCUCUUCCGGGUCUACGGCAUCGAUUCCCUUACCGAUCUCUUUCCGAACCUGACUGUGAUCCGUGGCAACAACCUCUUCUUCAACUACGCCCUUGUGAUUUACGAGAUGCUGCAGCUGAAGGAGGUGGGCCUUCACAGCCUCAUGAACAUCACCAGGGGGGCUGUGAGGAUUGAGAAGAACCCAGACCUCUGCUACCUGGCCACUCUUGACUGGUCGAAGAUUCUGGACUCAGUGGAAGACAAUUACAUCGUGGAGAACAAGAAUGAAAGGGAGUGUGGAGACGUGUGUCCUGGCACAGCCCAAGGUCAGACGGUCUGCCAACAGAACACCAUCAACGGGCACUUCAGGGGACGAUGCUGGUCCCAGAGCCACUGCCAGAGAAUGUGCCUGGACCGCUGUAAGCAUGGCGCGUGUAACCUACAGGGCAAAUGCUGCCAUGACCAGUGCUUGGGCGGCUGCUCAGAGCCGGCCAAUGCCAGCAGCUGUGUGGCCUGCAGGAACCUCCAGCACAGCAACACCUGUGUGGAGAAAUGCCCCGCUGGAUACUACGUCUUCAGGGGCUGGCGCUGCGUCAGCUUCUCCUUCUGUCAGACACUCCACAACCAGUGCAAGGAGACCAAGAGACUGAACCAGGGUCGGGAGUCUGGUUGCCAUGAAUACAUCAUCCACAACGGCGCCUGCAUUCCAGAAUGUCCUUCUGGAUACACCACUAUAAACUCCUCCAUGUUGACGUGCUCACCGUGCGCAGGCCUUUGUCCCAAACUUUGUGUGGGGAAUAAAACCAUCGACUCUGUCACCUCGGCCCAGGCUUUGAGAGGCUGCACGGUUCUCCACGGCAACAUGAUCAUCAAGAUUCGAGGCGGGAAUAACAUAGCUGCUGAGCUGGAGGCUAGUUUAGGUCAGAUUGAGGAGAUCAGAGGCUACCUGACGGUUCGCAGAGCCUACGCCCUCGUGUCCCUCUCCUUCCUGCGUAAACUGCACACCAUCAAGGGGGAGCAUCUUGAGGGAGACAUCUAUGCCUUUUAUGCACUGGACAACCAGAAUCUUCGUGAGCUGUGGGACUGGUCCAAGCACAACCUGACCAUCCAGCACGGUCGCACCUUCUUCCACUAUAACUCCAAACUGUGCAUGUCUGAAAUCCGCAAAAUGGAAGAGGUGACGGGCACCAAAGAGCGCAACCAAAAGAAUGACAUUGCAGGGCGCCACAACGGGGACCAAGCCUCCUGUGAAACCAAGCUGCUGAAAUUCACUUUCAUCAAGACGGCAUCCAACAAGAUUUUAGUGAAGUGGGAGCCUUUUUGGCCGUUAGAUUUCAGAGACUUACUGGGCUUUAUGGUUCUCUAUAAAGAAGCGCCCUACAAGAACGUGACAGAGUUCGAUGGGCAGGAUGCGUGUGGUUCUAACAGCUGGGUGAUCGCCGACGUCGACCCACCAGCCCGGGUUACUGACAACAAGGAGCAGCUCGAGCCCGGCCAUUUGAUCCGACCCCUGAAGCCGUGGACCCAGUACGCCAUUAUGGUCAAAACACAACUGUCUGCGUCUGACGAGCAUCAGGUUCAGGGGGCCAAGAGCGAGAUCAUCUAUGUCCGCACGGAUGCCUCUAAGCCCUCAGUACCCCUGGAUCCCAUCUCCUCCUCCAACUCAUCCUCUCAAAUCAUCCUCAAGUGGAAGCCUCCCACCAAUCCUAACGGCAACAUCACCCACUACCGGGUUGUCUGCCGCAAACAACCUGAGGACAGCGACCUCUACAAGUUUGACUACUGUCUGCAAGGAAUGAAGCUGCCAUCCCGGACCCCGACCCACCUGGACAGCGAUGAUGAGCAGAAGUGGAACCACACAGAUGAGCCCAACAUAGGGGGCAAGUGCUGCGCCUGCCCCAAGACGGAUAUUCAGCUCAAGAAGGAGCAGGAGGAGAUUGAGUACCGCAAGACUUUUGAGAACUACCUGCACAAUGAAGUCUUUGAGAGCAGACCUGCACGUCGGCGACGUUCAGUGGGUGUUGCCAACGCCACCGGAAUGCCUUUCCUUUUUCCCACAGCCCCCAGCAUUCCCAACAGUUCUACCAAAGCCACGCCUAAAGAUGAGGAUGAAGAGGGAGCCAAGGUUGAACUGAAGGUCUUCUCAAAAGAGUCAACAGUCAUCUCCAACCUGCAACACUUUACCAGUUAUAAGAUCGAGAUCAUGGCCUGCAACCAUCCCACAGACCUCAAGCGCUGCAGCAUGGCCACUUACAUCAGUGCUAGAACUAUGCCAGAAGAGAAAGCAGAUGACAUCCCAACCCAGGUGACCCAUGAGUUAAUGAACGGUGAGCCAGCAUCAGUGUUCAUUAAGUGGAAGGCACCUGUCUCUCCAAAUGGUCUCAUCAUCUUAUAUGAAGUGUUCUACAGGAAGGUUGGCGAGACAGAGGUCCACACAGCUUGUGUUUCUCGGCCUGCGUAUCUCAAGUCUGGUGGCACGAAGCUGUCACUCGUUCACCCUGGGAACUACAGUGUGAGGGUCCGUGCCACCUCCUUGGCAGGAAACGGCUCUUUCACAGAAACCACUUACUUCUUCAUGCCCAACAAGGAUCCUGGUAUAAUUGGGGUUGUGAUUGGCCCAGUCAUCUGCUUCAUCCUGCUGUUGAUCGUGGGAGGUGCAGUCUUUAUGGUCUUCAAGAAAAAGCAAACAGAGGGCCCAACUGGACCUCUCAUUGCCUCCCCAAACCCAGAGUACCUCAGUGCCAAUGAUGUUUAUGUUCCUGACGAGUGGGAAGUGCCGCGGGAGAAGAUCACGGUGCUUGGGGAGCUGGGUCAAGGCUCCUUCGGCAUGGUGUACGAAGGAAACGCCAAGGACAUCGUUAAAGGUGACCCGGACACCCGCGUGGCCGUCAAGACAGUCAACGAAUCGGCCAGCCUGCGAGAGAGGAUCGAGUUCCUCAAUGAGGCCUCUGUCAUGAAGGCCUUCAGCUGUCACCAUGUGGUACGCCUCUUAGGUGUCGUGUCUAAGGGUCAGCCCACCCUAGUGGUGAUGGAGCUAAUGACACACGGUGAUCUGAAAAGCUACCUGCGAAGCCUCAGGCCGGACUCUGAGAACAACCCAACUGGCCGUCCUCCACCUACCUUGAAGGAAAUGAUCCAGAUGGCUGCGGAAAUCGCAGACGGCAUGGCCUACCUCAACGCCAAAAAGUUUGUGCACAGGGAUCUGGCAGCCAGGAACUGCAUGGUGGCAGAAGACUUCACUGUCAAGAUUGGAGACUUUGGUAUGACGCGAGACAUCUACGAGACUGACUACUACCGUAAAGGUGGGAAAGGCCUGCUUCCUGUUAGGUGGAUGGCUCCGGAGUCUCUCAAGGACGGAGUCUUCACUGCGCACUCUGACUGCUGGUCAUUCGGCGUCGUUCUCUGGGAGAUCAGCACGCUAGCAGAGCAGCCUUACCAGGGCUUGUCCAAUGAGCAGGUCCUCAAAUUUGUCAUGGACGGAGGAUACCUGGAUCGCCCGGACAACUGUCCUGAGAGGAUGCACAGCUUAAUGCAGAUGUGCUGGCAGUACAAUCCCAAAAUGCGGCCGAUGUUACACGAGAUCAUCGAGAUGCUGCGGGAAGACCUGCACCCGUCUUUCCAGGAGGUCUCCUUCUUCUACAGCGAGGAGAACAAGGUCCCCGAGACCGAGGAGUUUGACUUGGACCUUGACAACAUGGAGAGCAUCCCCCUGGACCCAUCCUCGUACUCCCAGAGAGAAGAGAGCUUAGCCAGGGACAGCGGCCCUUCUGUGGCCCUUAGGGGGAACUAUGAGGAGCAUGUCCCCUACACACACAUGAACGGUGGCAAGAAAAAUGGACUGAUCUUAUCGUUGCCCCGAUCCAGUCCUUCCUAACAUUUCCUGUUUCCCCGAAAGAACUCAAUGAACUGGCACAACCUCAACCUUCCUUCUUUUCUCCUCCAGCCCUCUCAGAAUCCUUCAUGUCCCUCCUUUUCUUAUUCUUGGAGAAGACCUCAACACACACAGAUCUCAGGACUUUUACUUUUUCUUCCUCAUGACUGCCAAACACAGGCUAGCAAGGGAUGCAAACAGCACAUGGGUCUUUCUGGUGUCAUCCUUUUGUUUCUCGCUGUCGCCACGUUUCCAGGACACAUUGUGGUGGAAACGGAGGAGAAAAAAAGAACUGUGAACACGAGGACCCUUAGACAACCACAAGGCUGCUUUUAUGCUCGACCUCUUCAAAGACUCUCCUUUCCACUGGGCGUUUCUUUGCAUUUACGUUUCUUCCCCUGACUCAGUCUUUUUACUCAGAUAGUGGCCUUUGGAUAUGUGGCCUAUACAGAAAGGGCCAUAUUCUCCCGUAUGCUUAAGUCAGAAAAGGUGCGCAGCGCCGCACUUUUCUGUCUGCCCCCAUUCUGCCGUCGACUUAAUUCUAUCAUUUGCGCACCUUCUGGCCAUGUGCGCACUUUGGGUGGAGUAACCCUAAAUGUGGGCGUUCCUGCUCAUAUUUGGCCUUGAGCGUAUUCUGCCCAAGACUUAAGUGGGUUUCCUCUUGCGUGCACCAAAGGCUGUAGUAUGUCUACUCUAUUGAAAGGAGAAACAUCAUAUUGCACGUUUUGAUUCGCUCCCGUGCUCCGAGCUUCCGACGGCUGGUGGCGACCCGGCAUGCUGCCUCUGCAUGCUGACGGACACCUGGCCCUUAUACGGUCACCGACUGUCCUAUGGCCGUAAUGCGUCCCUACCACAUUACACUGUUCGAUGGCCGAACGUCGACAUUAUGUCAUAUUAACUAAUUAAUUUUCAUGCACGAGGUGCAAGUGGCACUUUCAUUUCAAACAUGCUGCAUGGCGGUUUGGGAGUUUGUCUGCAAGCAACGCACAAAUGCAGUCGUCUUGAUGGCGUGACGAUGUGUUAGAUUUGGAAUCAUUUUAUUCAUAUUUGGUCAAGUGACAUGCCGGCGUAUGUGGCACUGUUAUGGUUGCUGGGCAACGCUUAUCAACAACUGGCUCGCUCGCUUUAUUAUUGAUGGCCUUCCAUACACGGAUUAAACUACAUAUAUUGUACAAUAUGUAUUUAAUAGAAAUUAGACAAUACAAAAACAUAUGCUCCUGUAAAGUAGCCUGUUCGAUGAGCGGUGCCCACAUCUCGCUGGGGACGGACACCAACUUUCGGUUAUCCGCACGGGGCUUAGUUUCACAGUUAAAGUGUCAACAUACUUCCCAGAUGGAUUUUAAUUACAUUCACAUGUCUCAGGAAAAGUCCACAUUCCGAGAAUUCUACCCUCCUACAGACUUCAAUGAGUCACGCCCCUUAAGCCGUUAUGCGCAAACUACCGGGUACGUGCGGUGGGUGUGUCAGAGGUCAUUGGCGGAGAAUCCAUGUACCUUGAAACCGCGCAAGACAGGCGCAUAAAAUACUGACUUAUGCACCAACGGGAGAAUAUGGCCCAAAGACAAGUGUCUCUCGGCGCUCGUGUUCGUUCCCUGUUGAACGACGAUUUCAUUUCAGUUUGGGACAGUGGGAUGGAUUAAUCAUAGAACAAACAUCUAAUCCUAGAGGAACGUUGGGUGUUUUGCUUUUGUGUUGUUUGUUUUUCUUCUGGUUCAGUAGAAUCCCAAAACGACACACAUAUUCAUCGGGUGAAAAGUUUUAAUUUAUUUGCUUUUAUCAUUGUUUUCUCUCUUUUCUAUCUGUGUCCUCACUCAUAUGGCUGAAGGAUAUUUAAACAGUUAAGAAUUGGACAAAGGAGUUCCUCAGACUGACCAAUAGCUGCUGCUUUGAUAUAUUUUACUAGGUAUAGAAAUAUAUAAAUUUAUAUAAUAUAUAGUAUAUAUGGAAUAUUGGUAUUAAGGUACCAACAUUUUAUAUAUAUAAUAUAUGACUGAUGUUUUUGUAUAUAGUUCAUAUUUGUAAUAUUUUUCAUCAAAAGCUUUGUUAGUAUCAAGAUUUUAUUUUUUUGCCAAUGUUUUUCCUUCAAAUGUUUUUAUUUUUAUAGCCCCAGAUAUCCCACUAAUCUGCCAUCAGUGCUCUGUCCUCUCGUAGUGUGACCACCUGGAUGGGAAAUAGCUUCAACCCACUGAAUCGUUUCUCUUUUGUUGUUGUUGUUGUUGUUGUUAAGCCCCCUCGGACCUUCUGUCUAUAUGAAGAGGAGACUUUUUUUGAUUAAACACACAUACAUACAGCUUUAAAAAAGGAGGAAUGAGGUCACAUGAUAUCUGAUCACAAUUAGGUCCGAGGGCGGCCCGAUGAAUGUACUUCCUUUUUGAUAGCAACAUUAGUCCUGUAUGAGCUCUAAGAUUUCAAGUGUCCUGAGUUGUGUUCGCCUGUGUGAACCUUUUGUCUACUUAACAAGCAGAACUUGUCAGAAUCUUAAAUCGGGGCCCUAUAUCCAGUGUCAACGAAAAGACCGCUGCAACUGUACGGCCUUUGUCUCCUUGUUGGAUUUGGCUCUGCAUGUUUCUCUAAUGCUUCCCUUGACCUGCUGCCCAACAUUUGCCCCCUGUAAUCAACUCGCAUCUAGCAAGCAAUGGCCACCAAAUUCCAGCAGGUGGCCGAGACAGAUGAUCUCGUUGAGUGGGGGCAUGUGAGUGCGCUAAUUAUUUGAAUGCGUAUCCUACUAGGAUACUUAGAAUAGUUUUUUUGUUUUUUUUUUCAAUUUGUGUUUUUGUAAUUGCAACAUCACUUGAGAUCUAAAUGUGGGCUAACAAUCUGUCCUCCUCAACACUUGACGUUUAUUAGUUUUAUUAGGAACAUUAUCGCACUAAAAGAAUUUGCCCAUAUCAGUUAAUUAACAUGCGACCCGACAACCACGACGCCAAUCGGGCCCGGUAGCAUUCGGCAGCUUUCUGAGGAGCCCGAAGUGUCAGAAUCUUUCAGAAGCCCUUCUGUUUUGCACUAGUGCCUUCUCCAACUUGGAGUUGUGGAGCAUCAUUUGGUGGUCUGAGGAAGCAAAGCUGAGAUAAAUCUUGGGCUGUUGUAAAUGAUCAGUGAUGUAGUUAAGAACAUGAAAAAAAACCAAACAAGGUUUAUGCAUGACAGAAACAUGGUGGACUUGAGCACGAACACGAACAGUGUUUCGCAAACCUUUUUGAGCCAAGGCACGUAUUUGACAGAAAAAUCUCACGGAAAAACAAAUGACAUAAAAGGUACAGUGUUUAUCCUGAAAUAAUGAUGAUCUUGUUUCAAUGUAUUCACAAAUUUACUAAGGGUAAAAUGUGGUCCUGCUUAGUUGAGCGCAAAGCUAUUAUUCUGUUUAUGGCUACAGAUCUUAAUUGUACCUUCUGCCAUCUAGUGGAAGCGCAUUAAAUUGUUCUGCCUGGCACUGGCAUAGAUAGAUGAACAAAAAUACAUGAUCUGUACAAAAUAAUCACUUUAAGAUCAAUUAAGUGAAGUUGGAUAAUUUGCUGAUCUUACAUUAAUGUGACGGGGUUGAGUGGUUGGAAAUCACUGCACUAACGUAUGAUAUACUGCUUAACACAGCAAAGUUUGGCUUUCCAAUACCGUUCAAGUCACUGUGAACACAACUGCCUCAGAGCUUAGUAGCGCGUCGUAUGAAGGAAGGUGAACGCAGCUCUCGGGCACCUCUCGCGGCAUAUGCAAUUCCUCAUCAAGAUGGUGCCCGUACUUGUAGAUUUCUAUUUUGUUACAAUCAAGAGCAAAGCAGUUAGCAUCCAAGUGGCGCAGUGUGAGGGUGGAGCGAUGCUGUAGUUCAGUUUGUUGUUGUUGAGGAAUGCUUACGCGUCACCGUCGUCGUCAAUUUUGUCUUUGCCGGAGUCUACUGCAGUGCACACAGAGGAAUCGCACCCGACGCUCACCCGACAUCCCAUCUUUUCAGUCACUGCUCACAUGAGUGGCCUCCUCCUGUCUGCUUCCUGCCUUACACGUAUAUUGUUGGGCCUUCCCAUACAGUAGCAGGUUACCUCCCCCCCACUUAAAAAAAAUCUGUCCACGUUCACUACUGUAUUGUUCCAGAAAUGUGUACUCGACCUCCUUCGAGAGACUUCAUUCCUCCUUUCCCAACAAAGGCUAAUCAAAUGCGCUCAUUUACACUAAAUGGACCCAAGUAUUGGGACAGCAAAACAAUUCAAAUGAAAUGAUAUGAAGGUGGUACCCCCUUUGCAACAAAAACUAGAUUUUGUAGUCUGAGGAAAUCUUUUGUUUUUGAAUAUUUGUGAGGUCAGAGGAAAUUCUUCCACCCCAAACCCAUCCAAGCAUGUUUAUGAUGGACCUUGCUUUGUGCACUGGAACAGAAAAAGUUCUACUCCAAACAAUUUGAAACCUGCAAAUUAGGUGUCAGGGGCAUCUCAGUGGUUUAGCCCCACCGCCAAUUGAUGAUGACUAUUAUUGAUGAAAAAGGGUGUCCCAAGACUUUCUUCCAUCACGUGUAUCAGUGCCUGUGAUUUUCCUGUCUUACGUGUUCCACUGUGAAUAUCAGGAGAAAUAACAUUUACUUUGUGCGGAUUGGGUCUGUUUGGCCAAUCAGGACAGUUGAGUUGAGGCUGCUUUUAAAGAAGAGGUGGCUGGAACGCAAAUCCCCCCCUGUCCCCCCGAAACCUCCUCCCUCUUGGGAAGGACAAAGCAGGACUGGGACAAUCCUGUGUGCCAUACAACGUGGAAGCAGAUGUAGAAAAUCUCGAUUGAAACCUUUUUUUUUUUUUGAGUCUCAGGGAGACGACCUGAUGCUCGGAGGAGGAUGAAGAGAUAUACCUUAGCUACCUUUUAUAUCAGUUUUGAGUGAAGAGAAAUUUCUCAGCAUCCUUGCAAAAAUGGAUGCGAUAAGACCACCCUCCCCCUCCCCCUUCCUCUCCUCUUUCACCAUGUUCACAUCCUUUCUGCUUUUGGAGACAAUCAGGAAAACCCUCAGCUCACACCGACGUCAGCGGCUGGAUGGGAGCAUUGCAAACCCACCCACAACAGUGCCUUGCUCAAACAGCCCCCGCCUCCCCAAAAAGGACCCGCUUUAAUCCCUCAAGAGACCUCCAAAUAUGUAAACCCCCUGUGAAAUCUGCUUUUCAAAUCCAAUUCUGUGCAAAUCAAACUGUUAUCAUUUGGGAUUAUUAUGACUGAUGAUUUGUACCAAAAAAGAAACAAAUGGAACUUUUGCUUUGCUCAGCUUGCUUCAUGCAUGGAAAAACGAAUUAUGUAUACCAAGCGGAUAGCUUCUUUAUGUAACCUUUUGGGGGGGGGAUAUUGCAAUUAAUCUUUAGUCCCUUUUUUUCAGCACACGCCAAAACACACCAAAUAUCUCCCAAUGUGGGGAUUCCCAUUGUUAUUAAAGUGCAUCCCAACAUUCAGGAAAAUAAGCUGAUUAAUCGCUCCUAACUGUAAAUAGCAGCAGAUCCCCUCCACUUCUGCCCGUGAAAAUGAAAGCACUUGAUAUAGUAUAAAUUUGCUCUGUUAAUGACCUUAAAAAAAAAAAAAAGUUUCCCCUCAUAUCUUUUGGGUUGCAAAGAGGUCGACAAUUGACGUUGGAAACUUUCCGACAACUUUCCUUGGGAAGUUUAGCAAGGAGAUUUUGGGGAAAUAUUCACUUGGAGAUUUUCCAUCAGAAUUAACUGGGAAUCGGGCAGUAUAUUUUUAUUUUCAAACUGUUUCAAAGACAUACUUUCAUAUAAUAAUUUAAAAUGUAAUAUUUGUCUAAUUUUGAGCCAGAUUUUGUCUCACUUUUGAUUUAUUGGCUGAUUAAAAGUUCAUAAUAGAUUAAAUAUGCAUACCUUACUAAUGUAUUUUUUAACAGCAUAUUAAUUUAAAAUCGGACUUGUUACAUGGUCGAUUUAAAUAUGAUAGAUUAAAUAUACCCCACAUGUAUGGAUAUACAUAUUUUCCCCCCAAAAUAUUUUUUUAAUCUGGCUAAUUUAUUUACUUUUAUUUGUUUUGUGAAGCUUUUGUACAAUUAUGAUAGAUUAAAUAUGUAUACAAACUACAAUUGUGGUUUACAUUUGGGUUCCCUUUACAGGCAAGUCUGGCAAGUUUUUUCUUGCUGUAAAUUUUCCUCUAUUCCCAUUCACUUCUGUUGAAAGUUUCCAAAUUUAAAUAUCCCUGGAUUGAUUUUGCAAACCUGCUCGUAUGUAAAGCGCAGGUUUAGAACAAAGCAUUUGUAUGUAUUUUUAUUUUGUUUUAAAGAAGUAUUACCUUUUAGAAAAAUUUAGAUUUUUGUUUUAAAAGUAGGGAGGGCAAACACAACGACUUUUUCUUACUGUAAACUUUUUGCUACUCUUGUACAUUACAAAUUUGUUAUUAAUGUGUAUAUAACUUUUUUUUUUUUUUUUUUUUUUUUUUUUAAAUCAAAAUGAUAUUUUUGUUGUUGAUGAUGACACAGCCCACUACACUACACAGGAGAAGAGCCUGUGGAAACACACACACGUAGCGUACACACUUUGUGGCCCCCGCUCGGCACCCGACCUGCUUUCAAUCAACACAAUGCAUGUUCCAAAUGCGAGCCCAACUGGCCCAAACGUAUCACUGAGGUGUGUUUAGUUUGUGUUAUUUUUAUUUUAUUUGACUAAAUAAUGUGUAAACUGGACGAGACCACUGCACAUCCUUUGGAAAGGGAGGAAGAAAAUAAGCUACAAAGAUGGUUCAACCACCUCCAGCCCAUCACCCCCCCCCCCCCCCCCCCCCCCCCCCCCCCCCCCCCCCAUAAGUUGUAAAGCCGGAGUGUGACGGCUGCUUAAGGCGAUGAAUGACUUUAAAAAGAAAAACAGGUACUGCUGAUGAGUGGUGAGAUGAUAUUUCAUAUUUGUCUUAUUAGUUAUGGACAGAUGGGUGUCUGUCCAGUGGUCUGCUCCAGUUUCACACAGGAGUACUUUAGCUUGUUGUCUCCUCGGUGCACAUACAGUCGCUUCUAGUGGCCACCCUGCUGUGUUGUUGUCGUCGUCGUGCUGGUUACCUCUUUGUUCAUCCUGAUGUGUUCAUUUUUGGGGAUAUGUUGUGUAUACGGUCCUGUUGUGAGAGUGCAGCAGUCAGUCUGUGUGUGUGUGUGCGUGUGCGUGUGUGUGUAGUCCAAACCCAGAGAGAUCGCUUCAUCCCUCACACUGGAUCCAAAUGUGCCAUUAUCUUUAUGUAUCGCAUAUAUCGACACACACACAGAAUUACAUGAUGCAUAUUGUACAGGAUCAAAACAGAAGACAAAAAAUGUGCCAUGACUAAAUGAACGCUUGACAAUUUAUUUUUUCUAUGUUUUCAAAAGGAGAGCCAAGUAGUGAUAUGUACAGAAAAUGUUGCAAUGAUAUGAAAAUACAAAUCUUGCUGUGUGUAAAUUAUUCAACAAUUACUGUUUAUAUUAAAAUUAUGAAUAAAAUUAUUGGAAAAUG